AGUUACCUAUUUCCGCUGUGCUGCAUGACCGUAAUUUCCCGUUAGGCUGCCGUUCACAGAACGAUAACAACAAACGUGCAGGUUCUGAAAUCUCGAACAUGCUGGUGUGUUAAACAUUAAGAUAUUAGAGACAGUUUAACACCAUGGUUCCUUCAGAGCUUAAGACUGUGAUUCAGAGGUUUUACCAUCUUCAGUCAGAGCGAUUAGAGACGUACAGACUCUUUGAAGAAGGACACGAGGCCUAUUUGAGGACAGCGCCCCACUACGACUUUGAGCACUACAAGCAGCUUGUGCAUGAGAUAACACAGGCCUUCAGCGGCAUUUCCAAGGAAGUGCUGGAGAUCAAAGAGAGGCUCCAUCAAGACUUUGAUAGGCCCGACCUUUCUGAGCACAUUGAGAAGCUGCAGAGCAAAGAGAAGCAGAAACUGGAACUGACAGCCAGACUGCAGCUGGCCAAGCAGCAGGCCCAGGAUCACCCAGAGGAUGAAGACUGCAGAGACAAAAUCCAUGAGAUCAAGCAUCACAUCAUCAAGAACAACGAGGCUCUGAGUGAGAUCAUGCAGGACUUUAAGUACGAUUCAGAAGAGUGUGACUGACAGCGAGGUGAUGGGGCGACGCCUCCUGCUGUGAUUUCAUCUGCUCCUAUUGAUCCCCCGCUGGCUCCACCCUGCUCUCUGCAGCAGUUUGCUUCCGCCCAGAGGGUCUCUUGUGGUCCAGCUUGUUGUGGUUUUAUGUGCAGUCAUUUGUUAGUGAUUUUCUUUAGUUUAACAAAGAAAUGUUGGUUUGCUGCUUGAAAUGUACACGAAAAGACACAAAAUAAUGUAAAUUUGUACAAGUUUCAUUUACUGGAUGACUUUUUUCUAAAUUAAAAACACUUAAGGAGACAA